AUGCUUUUAGUCAGCACGGGGCGUCGUGAGGGAGCCCCGGCUAGGGCUUCGUGCGUGCAGUACCGCUUGGUGGUUCGGGAUGUGAACACCCUCCGCAUCCUCCAGCUGUACACCUGCCUGGAUCAGAUCCAGUAUAUCGAAUGGUCCUCUGACUCCCUCUUCAUACUGUGUGCCAUGUACAAGCGAGGGAUUGUUCAGGUCUGGUCCUUGGAGCAGCCAGACUGGCACUGUAAGAUAGACGAGGGGUCAGCGGGAUUGGUGGCUUCAUGCUGGAGUCCGGAUGGUCGUCACAUUCUCAAUACAACCGAGUUCCAUCUGCGGAUAACUGUGUGGUCCCUGUGUACGAAAUCUGUGUCUUACAUCAAGUAUCCCAAAGCUUGCCAGCAGGGGAUCGCUUUCACUAAGGAUGGCCGCUAUAUGGCAGUAGCAGAAAGACGUGACUGCAAGGACUUCAUUAGCAUCUUUGUAUGCAGCGACUGGCAGCUACUGAGACAUUUUGACACUGAGACGCAAGAUCUGUUUGGGAUUGAAUGGGCUCCUAAUGGCUGUGUUCUGGCAGUGUGGGAUACAUGUCUGGAGUAUAAAAUAUUGCUGUAUUCCCUUGAUGGAAGACUGCUAUCCAUGUACCGGGCUUAUGAGUGGUCGCUAGGUGUAAAGUCAAUCGCCUGGAGUCCCAGCAGUCAAUUUUUGGCAAUUGGCAGCUAUGAUGAAAAGGUGCGUAUCUUGAACCAUGUAACUUGGAAGAAGAUCACGGAGUUUGAGCAUCCAGCGACCAUCACUAACACCAAGACUAUUGUGUAUAAAGAAGUGGAGAAAUCCCCAUCUGUUGAAACAGAGAGACUUUCUUUCCCUCCAACAAGAGCAUUGGCUAGCUCGCUCUUCAGCACGCAAAGCAAAUAUGACAUUUCCCAGGUGCCAGUUUCUUUACAGUAUAUCAAACCAGUUGCUGACAGGGCAAAUCCCAAAAUGGGAAUUGGGAUGUUGGCAUUCAGUCCAGAUAACUGUUUCCUGGCAACCAAAAAUGAUAACAUUCCUAACGCUGUCUGGAUCUGGGACAUUCAAAAGCUGAAACUGUUCGUGGUCUUAGAGCAGCUGUGUGCCAUCCAGUCUUUCCAGUGGGAUCCACGACAACCUCGACUUGCUGUAUGUACAGGAAACAGCAAAGUCUACUUAUGGUCCCCAGCUGGCUGUGUCUCCGUGCAGGCUCCAGUGGAAGGUGACUUCCCGAUCGUGUCUCUCUCCUGGCAUUCGAGUGGAGACUCCAUGGCGCUUCUGAACUAAGCUGUCAACAGAUCUCACAGUAACUGUGCCUGGUCUACCAUAGAUUUAUUGCGCUAAAUCUUUACAAGAAGGAUCGUGACUGAUCCUUUAGAAUGAUGCAUAGAGGCAGCUGAAAUGGGAGCUGUUGACCCAACGGCCU